ACUGCACCGCCUGAACGUUUUCUGGACGCCGCGCGAGCCAGAAAGUUCGCCAAAUUGAUUCUUACACAAAAAUCUCUAUAUGUUUAUUUUUCCAUAAUCAGAGUUGCUUUUUUUUUUUUAAUUGACGAAGCUUAUAUUUGAGAAAGAAGGUUAAGUUUGGAGUUCAGACUGUGGCAGAAAUUCAGCUGAUCUCCCCAGCAUGUCUUUGCCUAAGCGGGAGGUGGAGGAGCUGCGGCCCUGGGUGGAGCGCACUGUGAAGAAGGUGCUGGGUUUCUCCGAACCCACCGUGGUCACUGCGGCUCUGCACUGUGUCGGGAAAGGGCUGGACAAAAGGAAAACAACGGACCAGCUGAGACCGUUCCUGGAUGACUCGGCGGGCAGCUUCGUAGAGAGGCUCUUCGAAGCACUGGAAGAGAGCAGAAACUCUCGGGGCAACAAAGGCACAGUCGAGAAAAACCGCAAGAGAGAGCUGAAGGAUGUGUUCGGUGAUGAGGUGGAGGUGCAGAAGGAUCUCGAGGCUGGCGAAUCGGCAGCAAAGAGAAAGCGAGUACCCCGAUUCGAGGAGGUUGAAGAGCCAGAAGUUCUUCCUGGACCUCCUACAGAAAGUCCUGGCAUGCUCACCAAGAUACAAAUAAAGCAGAUGAUGGAAGCAGCCACACGACAGAUUGAAGAGAGGAAGAAGCAGCUUAGUAUCACCCAGCCCAGACUGCCCCUGGCUACCCCCCAGCCAUCAGCGCCUGGUAUGCGCCCCCUCCUGCCUUCUGCUCCAGGCCCAGCUCAGUCCAUUGCCCCCUCACAGGCAGCCAGCUUUAUGAACGACGCCAUUGAGAAGGCACGCAAAGCUGCUGAGCUCCAGGCCAAGAUCCAGUCCACGCUGGCCAUGAAGCCGGGCAUCCUGGGAGCAAUGAACAAUGCAGGACCACACAACCUUGUGGCACUUGCUAACCUGCAUGCCAUGGGCAUUGCACCACCCAAGGUGGAGGCCCGUGAGAUCACAAAGCCGACGCCGCUCAUUCUGGACGAGCUCGGGAGAACCGUCGAUGCCAGUGGCAAAGAGGUGGAGCUCACACACCGCAUGCCCACUCUGAAAGCCAAUAUCAGAGCAGUGAAGCGAGAGCAGUUUAAGCAGCAGCUGAAGGAAAAGCCCAGUGAUGACCUUGAGUCCGCGUCAUACUUCGACACCAGGUUGUCCAUCACGCAGCCUCAGAGACAGAAGAAGGGGUUCAGGUUCCACGACAAGGGUCGCUUCGAGAAAAUAGGCCAGCGGAUACGCACCAAGGCUCAGCUGGAGAGGUUGCAGAUGGAGAUUGCGCAGGCAGCCAAAAAGACAGGCAUCCAGGCAUCGACCAAGCUGGCUCUAAUCGCCCCUAAGAAGGAGCUCGGUGAAGGUGACGUGCCUUCCAUCGAGUGGUGGGACUCCUUCAUCUUGCCCAACAACGUAGAAUUCUCGGCUCAGGCUGUAUUUGAUAACUUGGACUUCCAUGGAAUCACCAAUCUAGUGGAACAUCCUGCCCAAAUGGCCCCUCCAGUGGAUACAGACAAGCCGGUGACUCUGGGUGUGUAUCUGACGAAGAGGGAGCAGAAGAAGCUGAGGCGGCAGACACGGCGCGAGGGUCAGAAGGAGGUGCAGGAGAAGGUCAGGCUCGGCCUCAUGCCUCCACCAGAACCCAAAGUGCGGAUUUCUAAUCUGAUGCGCGUACUGGGUACGGAAGCGGUGCAGGAUCCUACGAAAGUGGAGGCCCACGUCCGAGCGCAGAUGGCCAAGAGACAAAAAGCCCAUGAGGAGGCAAAUGCAGCCCGCAAACUGACAGCAGAGCAAAGGAAAGAGAAGAAGGUGAAGAAGCUCAAGGAAGAUCUGAGUCAUGGUGUUCACAUCGCUGUCUACAGGAUCCGAAACCUUCAUAGCCCAUCUAAGAAGUUCAAAGUGGAAGCCAAUGCAAAUCAGCUGUAUCUGACUGGCACUGUGGUGCUGCACAAAGACGUCAACAUAGUGGUGGUGGAAGGAGGACCCAAAGCACAGAAGAAGUUUAAGAGGCUGAUGCUGAACAGGAUCAAAUGGGCGGAGCCUAGCUCAAAGAGAGAGGACCCUGAUGGCUCGGACGAUGAGGGAUCGAAGAAGCCGAACAAGUGCACGCUUGUUUGGGAGGGCACAGCGAUGGAGCGCAGCUUCGGUGACAUUAAGUUCAAGCAGUGUCCCACGGAGAACAUGGCACGCGAACACUUCAAGAAGCACGGCUCAGAGCACUAUUGGGACCUGGCCCUGAGUGAGAGCGUGCUGGAGACGGCUGACGACUGAGAGACGGGACUCACGAAUGUAACCGCUAUUCAAAUGACGCAGGCAGCCAUGUUUGGUUCGUUAUUGAAGGAGAGAAAUGUACUGGAUUUAAUCUAACGAGCUUCACACUGACAGUCGAGUGUGUGUGUGAGUGUGUGUGUGCAUAUGUUUGAUAAUCUGCACUGCUGCUACUCUUGGAUAUUGGGUUCUUGUGAUCAUAGCAGGAUGUCUGCAUAGAGAAUCUAGUGCAAGGACACUUUCUCCUGGGACUUAUAUGGAACGUUGAAGACGGCUGCUUUGAUUUCAUCGUUCCGCGGACAUGAGGAUCCUUUAUAGCCAAAGUGUAACUUGGUUUUAUUUCCCUUCCUUUUUUUAUUAAGCGGAUGUGAGACUAUGCAGAUGCUGGUCUCUUUAGAGAUGUAUCCAAGCUAUUACAAACUGCACACACACUGAUUAAAACUUUGGAGGGAAACCAGCUGUGCUUUCUAGAUUUAUCCAAGAAUCCAUUCAAAACUAGUAGAAGGUUGAUUUAGAUUUUUAUAAGAGGAUCAUCACUGGUGAAUCUUCCAUUACUCUCAGACAUAAAGUCUGUUUAUGAAGAUUGAAGGAAAGCAAAACUGAGUGAAAUCAGUAAUUGAAUAUUAAUCUAAAUAUUGAUGUUUCCUGUCCAACAUGCAAAUGGAGCAAGCAUGUUCUUACAUGUUACCUGAAUCAUUAUUCUUUACACCAGUAACAAAGAUGCAGAUAAAAACUCUAUAUAUAUAUAUAUAUAUAAGCAGUCUAUCGAACAACCACUGGGCUAGAUUUUUUGUCAAACUUGGAAUAAACUUGUGUGUAAAUGUCUGCCAAACUGAACUAAAAAACCUGGUACCAUAUAAAACACACCACAGCUGACCUGCAUUAGGUGACCCUCACAGUAAACUUCCUCUACCCCAAAAAAAAAAAAAAAAGGUAACAGCACCUGAACAGGCCAGAGUCUGGAGCCAAGUUACAGAAAAGGUGAAUGUGGGGAAAGAAAAAUGGUUUGAAAAUGGAGACGGAAGGUAUCUGCUGUAGACCUGGGUGAUUGUGGACACAAAGCACAUCACAUUGUAGUCUUUUGUGCACCGACAAGCCAUCAGCAUACAGCACGCUAAUAAACUUAUAACUCUGUCUAAUGAGCUGCUAGAAAGCACUAAAGUAAGAGUAAAGGAAAUGUCUUCUCAAAGCCGUUGUAGUGUGUGAGCUUGUGGCCCAUCCUGUCUUGUACAGCAUCAUUUCUUUUGAACUGAACACCUAACCUCAUUUGUCUUAGUUUAUGAAUUUGUAUUGGUCCGGUUUGUUUGUGUUACUUUUCAGUGAAGUAUUUGGACACUUCCUGUUGUACUUUGACAUCACACAUUAACUACAUUAGUACUUCGUUGUACGUCUAUUGUUGGUACGUUUAGCGCCGAGAUGUCUAUGAUAUAAGAAUCAAUGAACUUUUCACAAGAUUUCCUCUUGCCAGUGUUCCUUCUGAUGGGCUUGAAAUGACUAAUUCCAUCAUAUUUUCAUCACAAGAUGUGCUAAGACAUUCAUCACCUUCUGAAGGCUGUAUGUUGAUUAAAGUCUUCUAAUAUCUGCUGCUAUGUACAUGGCUCCAGCACCAUCUUUAGAGAAAUAGUUCUCUAAUCAGAGCUCGAUGUUUAUAGGAUAGCUGAUCAUACUGGAACCAGAGACCUUUGUGGGAAAUACACAGCCCAGAAGUGAGCAAGAAAUCACAAUCUCCUCUCAGUUACUCAAAACAAAGGUGAAGUAAAAACACCAAAACGUGAGUGACGUCAUGACAACAAGGCAAGGAACUCAGCUAAGCCACGCCCACUCCAUAAACAGUGUCUGUCUGUAAUACUGCUUGCACAGCAACGGGACAUGUGUAUUCUAUUUG